AAGGCCGGGUCGACGGCGAGCGGGGGAGGCCUCGACGGGUCGACGACGAUCAAGGGAGUCCGGGCUGACGGCGGCAGGGGAGUCCUCGGCGGCGACGGCGGCAGGGGAGUCCUCGGCGGCGACGGCGGCAGGGGAGUCCUCGGCGGCGACGGCAGCAAGACAGGGGAGAGUGGAGGAGAAGUGAGGCGGCGGGAAGCAGAUGAGAAGAAGGGGAAAGGGUUUGGGGGUCCAAAGGGAUGGUUUCGUGUAAAAUUAAAAUCCCGAAAUCCAAGAUCCAGUAAGCCCAAGUCUGAUAAGAAACCAGCCCAACAGGCUUUGGGGGUCAACUACCCAUCUCCUCAACCGCUAGAACGAUACCAGAGUAAAAAAAAAAAACGGGGAAAAAAUCCCCCCUUUCCCCCUACUACCAGAAUCAUCCACCGCCUUACAGAGCAAAGCAAGCAACAAUGGCGAGUAAAGUUCAGCUAGGAGUUCUAAAGAAGAAGAAGAACAAACCCACAAACAGGAAAGAGACCGCAAAAUGGGUUCAGAAAGUCGCGAACUAUCUCAAGUCCGAUUCCUACUUGUUUGGUCCUUUGCUCGAUUCUCCUCUAUCGACGACGGCGACGGUGAUUGAUUCUUCGUCGCCGCCGAAAGUUAGCUUCCCAGAUGGAAUUGAGUACAUGGCGAGAGGAAGGAAGAACAAUAAUAAGGGACUUGGAAAGAAGGUCGUGCAGUAUCUGAAAUCCGAUUCUUACUUGUAUGGUCCCUUGCUAUCUUCAAGACCAACAAUCCCAGGAUAUGUUCGGCGAAGCAAGAAGUUGACCAUGGAGAUGUUGAUGACAAAGAAAGUGACGAGGAAGGACAAACAAUCCACUGUGGAGAAAUCAAAUGUAACAGUGGAGCAGGAGGAAGAGUUCUGUGAUGUUGUUGUUCUUCCUCCUACUACUCCUGACAGGAACCGUUCUUCGGGUCAGCAGCAACAGCGAUCAGCACGUCGUCGUCAGGAGGUGUCGAGCCACGUGGUCCCUCGAAGAAGCUUUCGUUCUUCCUCCUCAUCUGCCGUGUCAGUUGCACGAAAGAGUUUACCUAGCACGAGAAUGAAGACGCUUCUUAUUGACCACUGACGACCACAAUCGGCCUGUGAGUAACAAAAGCCACGAGAUGUAGAGAAUGUGUUUUCAUGUGAUGAAGUUGAAAAACUUUUAGGAUUGUCUCACUUUUGUGUAAGUCUUUAUCACUUUAAUUUGUGUUCGCGUGGUUUCUUUUAGAUGCUAUACUAGUGGACCAAUGCCAAUUGGUUUGGGAUCAUUAACUUCCAACUUAGGAAUGAGUUUUUGAGUGUAUGUGCAAAGAGAUUAUAGGUAUCUUAUCAUGAAAAAAGGACUCGUAGAAUAUGAUUAGGUCACUUCUCUUCCGGUUUGUCUAGUUCAUGAUACGUGAAUCGUCCAACUUUCUCACAUACAUAGUGAGGUUGGUUUUUUGUUGAUGAUCUUGUCUUAGCAUAGUGAAACCU